GCUGGCACAUGUGCCUCAUAUAGGUCCGAUACAGAAAGCAAAUAUAAUACCACACAGAUAGGUUACGAGACCUUUAUACGUUAGUCUACAGUUAUUUCCGACACUCCUACCCUGAAGUUCAACUUACCAAAAAAAGAGUUUCUUAAUGUACUAAGACUUCAGAAGCGCAUUCCUUUACUGUGGGUUGCUCAACCCAUUCGGCUGUUCUUUUCAAUUAACAUUACUUGGUUUUCAAUAUCUUAAUUCGCUCAUCAAAUAUGGCUGAAAAACCACGAGUUAUCAUCCUAGGAGGCCUUGGAUUUGUUGGGCGUAAUCUAGUGUGCUACUUGGUCGAAAACAAUUUGUGUUCAAAGAUAAGAGCUGUAGAUAAAGUACCACCACAGACUGCAUGGCUGAAUGAUAGACAAAAGGAAGCAUUUGCCAACAGUUGUGUUGAGUUUAAAAGUGCCAAUCUAAGGAAUCCAGGAAGCGUAGAAAAAGCCUUCCUGGACGAUGGUGAUUUUGAGUUCUGUUUCAAUUGUGCUGGUGAAACCAAAUAUGGACAGAUAAAGGAGGUUUAUGAAGAUGGUAUAUAUAAGUUGAGUAUAAAUUGUGCCAAGGAAGCAGCAAAGCGCAACAUUAAAAGAUACAUAGAACUAUCAACAGCACAAGUAUAUAACUGCGACAAGAAAGAAAAGGAAGAGGAAAGUAAAUUAAGCCCCUGGACAGGACUUGGUCAAUGUAAGCUGAUGGUGGAAAAAGAAUUGGCAAAAAUAGAAGGUUUGAAGUACGUUAUCGUUCGUCCCGCUAUAAUCUAUGGUAUUGGUGCAAGACAAGGAAUCACACCAAGGCUCAUCAUUGGUGCUGUCUAUAAGCAGCUAAAAGAAAGUAUGAAGCUUUUGUGGACUAAAGACCUUAAGAUGAAUACGGUUCAUGUUUAUGAUGUUUGCCAAGCCUUGUGGCAUCUGACAGACCACGGAGAUGAUGGAGAGGUUUACAAUCUAUGUGACAAGGCUGAUUCGUCUCAAGGUAGCAUAACGUCUCUAGUUUGUGAGAUAUUUGGAAUCGAACACAAUUAUUUUGGAACAGUUUUAUCAAAUCUUGCACGAGUUAAUAUGGAAAGUACUGUAGAGGAAUCUAAUGAAAAACACUUGGCGCCUUGGUCCCAGGCUUGUGAAAAAGACGGCAUACAAGCCACGCCCUUGAGUCCAUAUUUAGACCAGGAACUACUUUACGACAAGCAUCUUUUUAUUGACGGCACAAAAAUCGAAAAGACAGGAUUUGCCUACAAGUACGCUGAACCGACAGUAGAUGCAUUAAGAGAGAUCGUACAGGAUUAUGUAAAACAAGGCCUCUUUCCACCCUCUCUCUUCAAUUCAAGUUCUUGAAUACUUAUCAAGACACCCAAGCUUGACCGGGGAUAUAUUAUUUGAAAGAAUUUGUUCUAUAAAUCCACGUCUAAAUUCUCCUUCUGUAAAUUCUCUGAAUUUUAUGAUAUUGCUAAUUGAAACACUUCUGCGCAUAAAUUAUUACAGAUAAAUUUUAAAAUUGGAUAUUGCGCAACAUACAUCUCAAAUAAUCACGUGACUUACGCGUUGGCCAAUGAAAAUCAGCGAAAAGUUUUAUCAGUUAAAGUAUUUCCUAUACGAAUAUUGUUAACAUAUUAGUUAUACAGCAUCAAGAAUUCUAACUUCCGGUUGGUUUCUAUCCCACAAGGCACUGCGUACCAACCGGAAGCUGUAAUUUUGGAUGCAUUGUAUUUAAGUUUUAUGGACGUAAAUAUUAGAUGUAUCCAAAAAAGAUGAGCGUUUCUCAGUUCGUCUUAUCGUAAAGAAGUAGCCCCGGUCCUCUCAAAGACUGCGAUUCCGUUAAGGGGACUGGGACGGUUGUUUCGAAGUUGGGUCUUCUCUUCUCUUGCCACAGGCUACCCAACGAAAUAGAUAAAAAGGUUUUAAAGAGGAGGGACCAGUUGACAAAAAA